UGGAGGCCCCUUUCGCAAAACAUCAGUCUGAAUUUAGUAGACAGAAGUCACUGGGAACGCCUUGACAGAAUCCGGCUUUAGCUGAGGCUGCCUCCAGCUGCGGAGGGUGUUUUUGUUAGAAUCACACUCUGCAUAAAACUGCUUAGAAUAGAGUCAUGCUCUCAACUACGAUAUGUGAACUUAUGUUUUGGAGAAGCUAACGGGACGGACUUCUUUCCUAGCCUGAGUUCUGAACCAUGUCGUGCCUGGCGCUGCAGCUCCUCGUAGGAGUAUAGGUGGUGAAAAUGACAAAAUUCAUUCUCUUCUAUUCAUGAAUUUGAAAUAAUCUUUCGUCAAGUUACAUCUACAUUAACCUCACAUGGAAUGUACCUCUCUGUCUGUUGUUAAACUAUGAUGACAUGUCUGCAGCUGUCAGAAAGAGAAGCUGGGAAGAACAUGUGACCCAACAGACAGAGCAACCUUUUAACUCUGAUGAUUAUAACGCAGCAUGUCAUCAUGGACUUGUAGCCGACAACUUGCAGGCAAGUAUGGAAAAAGAUGCGACUGUAAAGGUGGACCGCAAAGAGAAGUGUGCUUCCCUACCAGACUGCUGUCAGGAAUCAGAGCCGGGAGAUUUUCCUGGGAUGCUCAUGGGCCACAUUUCAAAGAAAAUGAAUGAAAAUGACAGCUAUGAAGGUGAAGAUCAGUUUCUGUCUCUGGAGGCGAGCACCGAAACCUUAGUGCAUAUUUCUGAUGAGGAUAACAAUUCUGAUCUGUACCUUACAGAUAAUAAACAGAGUUUAAUUACCCAAGGGAAUAAAACCUCAGCCCAACAUUGUGUUGAAGGAGCAGGCUCCUUAGUAAAGACAUUACCCAUCAUGGAAAGUAGCCAUGAUUCUUACAACUCUUGGGGAACUGCUGGGAAGGCUGAAUCAGCACUAACAGAAGAGAGUGGGGAAAGAAAAGCUGUUGAUACUAUAAGUAAAAGCCUGGAGCUUUGUGAUGAUGUAAACUUAAGUGAAAUAAAAGAUAUGCCUACAGUAAAUACAUUGGAUUCUUUGAAUGUGAAAGAUAUUGUGCCUGAGAAGCAACUGCUUAAUUCUGCUGUAAUUGCUCAACAACGAAGGAAACCUGACUUCCCUAAAGAUGAAUAUGAAGAAAACACUUGCCAUGAAUUACAAGAUGAGGAUUUGGCCAUACACUGUACAAAUGGAGGAUUGCCACUAUUAAAAGCAGAUUUUGGAAGUUGCCUUCAGCAGCCUCCUUCCUGCCCCAGUGGAACUGAAAAUGGUCUGGAGAAAAGUGGAUUCUCAGAACAUCAAAACAAUGGUCCUCCUGAGGUCAGUGCAAGUGAUGGUAUGCAGUGUUUACACGUAAAGGACACCCUGGCCACCCAGGAGCCCACAGAUGGCCAAGUCAAGCUUCGUAAGAGAAAGGAAAUAAGAGAAGAUCGAGAUAGGGCGCGGCUGGACUCCAUGGUGCUGCUGAUCAUGAAACUGGACCAACUUGAUCAGGACAUCGAGAAUGCCCUCAGCACCAGCUCCACCCCAUCCGGCACCCCAACAAACCUGCGGCGGCAAGUUCCUGAUAUGGAACCAGGAACCAAAAGUGGAGCAGAUACUAUUUCAGGAAAUCAGAUUCAAGCAAAUUUGUCUUCCAAUACUGAGUCCACUGAUCUACCCUCUUCCACCUCAGCAACCAGUUCUGGAACCAAACCCAAGGCUAUGGCUAUUCCAGGUAUUUCAGAAAAGGAAAAAGCUGAAAUUGAAGCGAAGGAAGCUUGUGAUUGGUUGCGAGCAACUGGUUUUCCCCAGUACGCACAGCUUUAUGAAGACCUCCUGUUCCCCAUUGAUAUCACCUUGGUCAAGAGAGAGCAUGACUUUUUAGACAGAGAUGCCAUUGAGGCCUUAUGCAGGCGUCUGAAUACUUUAAACAAAUGCGCAGUAAUGAAACUAGAAAUCAGCCCUCAUCGGAAAAGAAGUGAGGAUUCAGAUGAAGAUGAGCCCUGUGCAAUAAGUGGCAAAUGGACUUUCCAGAGGGACAGUAAGAGGUGGUCCCGGCUUGAAGAAUUUGACGUCUUUUCUCCAAAGCAGGACCCAAUCCCAGGGUCCCCAGAUGAUUCCCACCUGAACAGUGCCAUGAGCCGUGAGAGCAUGCUGACUGACCUCAGUGAGCGCCAGGAGGUGGCUUCUGUCCUCAGCCUGAGUAGCACUAGCAGUGUCCACACCCAUGUGCCCUGCGGUGGGGAAGCUGCGACACCCCGGACUAACUCCGUCAUCAGCGUCUGCUCUUCUAGCCACUUUACAGGCAAUGACGACUCUUUCUGCAGCCUGCCAUCUCCCAAGGAACUGUCCAGCUUCAACUUCAGCAUGAAAGGCCACGAGAAAAGCACCAAGUCCAAGACACGGAGUCUGCUGAAACGGAUGGAGAGCUUGAAGCUCAAGAGCUCCCACCACAGCAAACACAAAGCACCCUCCAAGCUGGGGCUCAUCAUCAGUGGGCCCAUUCUGCAAGAAGGGAUGGACGAGGAGAAGCUGAAGCAGCUGAACUGCGUGGAGAUCUCAGCCCUUAAUGGCAACCACAUCAAUGUCCCCAUGGUACGAAAGAGAAGCAUAUCCAACUCCACACAGACCAGCAGUAGCAGCAGCCAGUCGGAGACCAGCAGCGCUGUCAGCACGCCCAGCCCUGUCACCAGGACUCGCAGCCUCAGCACAUGCAACAAGCGGGUGGGCAUGUAUCUCGAGGGCUUUGAUCCUUUCAGUCAGUCUGCAUUUAACAAUGUGAUAGAGCAGAACUUUAAGAACCAAGAGAGCUACCCAGAGGACGCGGUGUUCUACAUCCCUGAGGAUCACAAGCCUGGAACCUUCCCCAAGGCUCUCUCCAACAGCAGUUUCUGUCCCACAGGGAACAACAGCUCUGUGAACUGGAGGACAGGAAGCUUCCAUGGCCCUGGCCACAUCAGCUUAAGGAGGGAAAACAGCAAUGACAGCCCCAAGGAAAUAAAGAGACGCAAUUCCUCAAGCUCCAUGACCAGCCGCCUGAGUAUCUAUGACAAUGUGCCAGGCUCCAUCCUCUAUUCCAGCUCAGGAAACCUGGCUGACCUGGAGAAUGAGGACAUUUUCCCUGAGCUGGAUGACAUCCUCUACCAUGUGAAGGGAAUGCAGCGCAUAGUGAACCAGUGGUCUGAGAAGUUCUCAGAUGAAGGAGACUCCGACUCAGCCUUAGACUCUGUCUCUCCUUGCCCGUCGUCUCCCAAACAGAUACACCUGGAUGUAGACAAUGACCGAGUCACACCCAGUGACCUGGACAGCACAGGCAACUCCCUGAAUGAGCCUGAAGAGCCUGCUGACAUUCCAGAGAGAAGGGACUCUGGGGUGGGGGCCUCCCUGACCAGGUGCAACAGGCACAGACUGAGAUGGCACAGUUUCCAGAGCUUCCAUCGGCCGAGCCUAAACUCUGUAUCUCUGCAGAUUAACUGCCAGUCUGUGGCCCAGAUGAACCUACUGCAGAAAUACUCACUCCUGAAACUGACGGCCCUGCUGGAAAAAUACACACCUUCUAACAAGCAUGGUUUUAGCUGGGCUGUGCCCAAGUUCAUGAAAAGGAUCAAGGUUCCAGACUACAAGGACCGGAGUGUGUUCGGGGUCCCUCUGACGAUCAAUGUACAGCGCACGGGACAGCCCCUGCCUCAGAGCAUCCAGCAAGCCAUGCGCUACCUCCGCAACCACUGUCUAGACCAAGUUGGGCUCUUCAGAAAAUCGGGCGUCAAAUCCCGGAUCCAGGCUCUGCGCCAGAUGAACGAGAGUGCUGCGGAUUGUGUCAGCUAUGAAGGGCAGUCUGCUUAUGACGUGGCAGACAUGCUGAAGCAGUAUUUCCGAGAUCUUCCGGAACCACUGAUGACAAACAAGCUCUCGGAGACCUUCCUACAGAUCUACCAGUAUGUUCCCAAGGACCAGCGCCUCCAGGCUAUCAAAGCCGCCAUCAUGCUCCUGCCUGAUGAGAACCGUGAGGUACUCCAGACACUCCUGUACUUCCUGAGCGACGUCACAGCAGCUGUGAAGGAUAACCAGAUGACUCCCACCAACCUGGCUGUGUGCUUGGCGCCUUCCCUCUUCCACCUCAACACCCUGAAGAGAGAGCAUUCCUCUCCCAGGGUAAUGCAAAGAAAACAGAGUUUGGGCAAACCAGAUCAGAAAGACUUGAAUGAAAACCUAGCUGCCACUCAAGGGCUGGCCCAUAUGAUUGCAGAGUGCAAGAAGCUUUUCCAGGUGCCUGAAGAAAUGAGCCGAUGUCGCAAUUCCUACACAGAACAGGAGCUAAAGCCCCUCACCCUGGAGGCAUUGGGACACCUGAGCAACAACCAGUCUGCUGACUACAAACACUUCCUCCAGGACUGUGUGGACGGCCUAUUCAAGGAAGUGAAAGAGAAAUUUAAAGGCUGGGUCAACUACUCUACUUCUGAGCAGGCCGAGCUGUCCUAUAAGAAGGUGAGUGAAGGGCCUCCUCUAAGGCUCUGGAGAUCCACCAUUGAAGUUCCUGCUAUGCCUGAGGAAAUCUUAAAGCGCCUACUGAAAGAGCAGCACCUCUGGGACGUAGACCUAUUGGAUUCAAAAGUGAUUGAAACGCUGGACAGCCAGACUGAAAUCUACCAGUAUGUCCAAAACAGUAUGGCGCCCCACCCUGCUCGGGACUACGUGGUAUUGAGAACCUGGAGGACUAAUCUACCCAAAGGAGCAUGUGCGCUUUUACUCACCUCCGUGGAUCACGACCGGGCCCCUGUGGUGGGUGUGAGGGUUAAUGUGCUCCUGUCCAGGUAUUUGAUUGAACCCUGCGGGUCAGGAAAAUCCAAACUCACCUACAUGUGCAGAGCUGAUUUAAGGGGCCACAUGCCAGAGUGGUACACCAAAUCCUUUGGACAUUUGUGUGCAGCCGAAGUGGUAAAGAUCCGAGACUCCUUCAGUAAUCAGAACAGUGAAACCAAGGACAGCAAAUCUAGGUGAUUACUGAGGCAAAGCAUCUGUAUCCACCUGGGUGAUGUCCUAGAACCUUGCCAGUCCUUGGAAAAAUCGGUCUGUGUCUGAUCCUGAAAUAAAUCCAAGUUGGAGUGUAGAAAUUGACUCUAGCCAUUUGAUACAUUUUUAAAGCUGCUUCCUGUUUGUUUUAGGUCUAAGUUCUAGACCUUGACUGGAAUAUAUAAGACUGUGCAAAAGAGAAAUGUACUUGUAUUCUUAUUCAAAUUGCUUCUGAGAAGCAAAACUCUAAAAACAUUAUGGAAGAUAAUGAAGAUACUUCAUUUUGUUGUGAUAUCAGUGUAUGUGUACCUAUGUCAUGUAUUUGCAGUGUGUUGCGGGACUGGUGUAUCCACUGGAAUAGUUGGUACUCUGACAUGUUUUCUCACUGAGAUGAGCAAAGAAAGGUUUGCACAGAGGAGUGUGAAUGUGUGUUUGUCACGGGUUGAAUGGCAUAGAUGUGUAAGUUGGAAUGCAGUGUCUGGCACACUGAGAUGCCUCUGGGAAGCAUGUUGAUGCACCAGGCUCAGUUUAACCUGGACUAUCUGACUACCCAUGGAUUCAUUCAGAAAGGACCCGACACCCCUGUCCAUUUAUUUUUUUCCAGGUUGUUAAGCACAUUCUUUCUCCGUCAACCUCUUCUCUCCCUUAAAAAACAAUUGUACAUUAUUUUGAUACUUAUUUCAAAUGCAGUUUGUUUCUAGACUUGGUUGCAGCAAUUGAGAUGUAGCGUUAGCCAGUAAAGACUAGUUCAGAGAUGAAUGCCCUCCUCUCCAUCAUUACUGGCUCCAAAGUAUAGGUUUUGUUUUUAAAUGAAUAGUAAAAACUAAACACUCAAAAAUUUAUUCCUGAAUUAAACAGCAAAAUCUUCCAUCUGUUGAAAUUCUUGUAUUUUCAUGUUUAUAGCAUAAGCUCUUUAAGACACUAUGCACAUUAUGCAUAAGAACGUAGGAAACUCUCUCCCAGUGAAAUCUCUGUAAAUUUAAUUUAAGCCUGGCCUUUUUUUUUUGGUAGCUGUUAACAGCAUUCCUGCAAACUGCACAUAUUUAUUAAUUGGGGUCCAUCCUUAUCAGCAAACAGAUUUUCUAGACUUUUUAUUUUGUUUUCUCUAUAUCUCUUUUUAUUUUCCUUCAUAAUGCCCUUGAAAUAUAUGUUAGUAAUAAAGGGAAGUAGUAAUCGUACUGAAAGAAAAUAGCUCAGUGUUUUGGAAGGGUGGUCUUUAUACAGGUUUUACUGGAAUGGGCAAGGUUGACUUGAGACAGUAUUAGUAAAUUUAUUUUGUAUGGAUCAGAAGUGAAUAAUAUGUAUGAAUGAGAGUUGUAAGAAGGAUUUUUAUUUUGUUAUAAUGUAUUUUAGUUACCAUUGUCAGUGUUAUUUCAGAGGUUCUUUGAAGAAUUUGGGGGGUCAGACUAGAGUUUUAAAAUUUGAGUAUUUUGGAUAUCAGUGUUCCUUGUGAAGAUACACUUAUAUAUUCAAUUUUGAUGGCUUCCAGAUUUGUAAGAUUGUAUGUUGUAUAUACCAUUCUAUUAAGAAACAUGUACACAUGUCUGUCCACUCUGCUUUCAGACAUAGAUAAAGCAUGAUAAAGAUUAUUAUUUAAAAUAUAUUUGUAUUUAUACCUCAGAUAUUCUUUUGGGUUUUGUACCUCAAGGCUUUUUUCUCCUUUAUUGUAAAUACACUUUACAUGAAUAUAGUCUAAGUGAAAAAAUAAAUAAGAGGAAGAAGUUUAUAAUUUGCUCUAUAUCUGUACAGAGUAUAACCAGUAAGUGCACUAUUAAAUGUUUAACAUAAGGGAAAAGAGUCUGGCCUGCUUUCCUUUGUAUUGCAUCUUACUUCCACCUCUUAGAAGCACAGAUUGCAAAGUGUAGGAACAUAAGCAUCAACUGAAAUCAAAAGAUUUACUGAAGAAAAAAUUGGAUCGUGAAUCAUUCCAAGGCCAAACUACCACUGAGCCACUCAUCAAAACAGGAAAUCCUGGUGAAGGUUCAGGAAGCGAGACUGUCUCCAAACAAAGGUCCUGUUAGGGAAUCAUGCUGAGAAAGUUCUGAGAAUAAGCAGAGGCAAAGCAAAGAUGCUGGUAAGCAAAGCCGAGGUCUCAGAUUCAUUCCACAAAAAGUCUCUUUCCCACUGCUUAGCUUCCCAGUUGUAAGAAUGCUGUACAUCUUUGACAAGAAAAGAAUUCAAAGGCUGGGAACAUUUUCAAAAACUCAGUUGAUGUCACCUACUGUGCUGUAUCAUCACGACUUACCCCUGUGACUAACUGCCUAGAUUGUAAGCUCUUUGAGGGCAGGCGGCGCAUCCCCUACAUGUCUUUAUAAUCCCCUACAGCAGCUGUCAAUGUUUUGUACUUGGAAGCACCUAAUAAAUUUAUUAUUUGCUGAAGUGAA